AUGCUUCUCCCAGCACGCUCCCUCAUUCGCUCAGCCGCGGCUACGGCUUCGGCCAGCAGCAGCAGCUCCCUUGCGGCUGCUGCUUCCAGACCCAGAUUCUUCUCCGCUACGGCUUCUGCCAGCAAGAUCAUUGCUAGCUCUCCUUUGCGCGCCAAGGAGGCUGCUACCCCUCUCGAUGCUGCCAAGGGCUAUCCCGUCAUUGACCACGAGUGAGUCUCGCGACGUGGCUUUUUUCGGUGACCCGAGAACUCGCUUCGCUCUGUACGCCCCGCUAAAGUCUUUGCAACUCACAGGUACGAUGCCAUUGUUGUCGGAGCUGGUGGAUCCGGUCUGCGUGCUGCUUUCGGUCUCGCAGAGGGCGGUCUCAACACUGCUUGCAUCACCAAAUUGUUCCCCACUCGAUCACACACAGUCGCAGCGCAGGGUGGUAUCAACGCUGCUCUUGGCAACAGUGAGUUCACGCACGCACGCUCACCAAUGACAGCCUCUGACGCAGGAACUCCGAUCUGCACGCAGUGACGGAGGAUGAUUGGAGGUGGCACAUGUACGACACUGUCAAGGGCAGUGACUGGCUGGGUGAUCAAGAUGCCAUCCACUACAUGUGUCGCGAAGCACCACGAACCGUCAUCGAGCUCGAGAAUUACGGUCUUCCAUUCUCUCGUACCAAGGAGGGUAAAAUCUACCAACGUGCCUUUGGUGGUCAAUCUCUCAAAUACGGCAAGGGUGGUCAAGCAUACAGAUGCGCUGCUGCCGCUGAUCGAACCGGGCACGCCAUGCUCCACACCCUUUAUGGACAGUCUUUGCGCCACAACACCAACUUUUUCAUCGAAUACUUUGCUCUUGACCUCAUCAUGAACGAGCAGGGCGAAUGCGUCGGUGUUCUGGCCCUGAACAUGGAGGAUGGUACUCUGCACCGCUUCCGCUCACACAAGACUGUCCUUGCGACGGGCGGAUACGGAAAGGCGUACUUUUCUGCCACCUCUGCCCACACCUGCACAGGUGAUGGUAUGGCCAUGGUGUCGCGCGCUGGUCUGCCCCUCCAAGAUCUCGAAUUCGUCCAAUUCCACCCUACCGGAAUUUACGGCGCUGGCUGCUUGAUCACGGAAGGCUCCCGUGGAGAGGGAGGAUACUUGCUCAACUCGGAAGGUGAACGCUUCAUGGAGCGUUACGCGCCAACAGCAAAGGACUUGGCCUCUCGUGAUGUCGUCUCUCGCUCCAUGACCAUCGAGAUUCGCGAGGGCCGUGGUGUUGGACCGGACAAGGACCACAUCUACCUCCAACUCUCUCACUUGCCGCCUGAAGUCCUCCACGAGCGUCUGCCCGGCAUCAGCGAGACGGCCAGCAUUUUCGCGGGUGUCGACGUGACGAAGGAGCCCAUUCCCGUGCUGCCGACUGUGCACUACAAGUGAGUAUGUGUGACGUGGAGCGGCGUGCCACCAAAGGCUGAUCAGCUCAAAAAUUGUUUCCCGUGCAUAGCAUGGGUGGCAUUCCCACCAAGUACACCGGAGAGGUGCUGCGUCAAACCGCUGAUGGAAAGGAUGAGGUGGUUCCUGGCCUGUACGCUGCAGGAGAGGCCGCCUGCGUGUCCGUUCACGGCGCAAACCGUCUCGGUGCCAACUCUUUGCUCGACAUUGUCGUCUUUGGCAGAGCCUGCGCCAACCACAUCAAAGAAAACUUGCAACCCGGCAAGCCUCACAAGCCUUUGGCCGAGAACACUGGAGCUUUCUCCAUCAACAAUCUCGACUGGGUGAGAAACUCGAACGGCAAGCUUCCAGUUGCCAACUUGCGAUUGGAGAUGCAAAAGACGAUGCAGAGCGACGCUGCCGUCUUCCGUGAGCAAGGCAGCCUCGACGAGGGAGUGAGAAAGAUGAGGGACGCUCACAAGAAGUGGCACGACAUCAAGGUUUCAGACAGGAGCAUGAUCUGGAACACUGACUUGGUCGAAGGUCUGGAACUGCAAAACAUGCUCACUUGCGCAGAGCAGACGGUCGUUUCGGCUGCUGCUCGCAAGGAGAGUCGUGGUGCACACGCUAGAAUGGACUUUGAGGAGAGAGACGAUGUCAACUGGAUGAAGCACAGUCUGUCUUGGCAGGCCGACGCGGAUGACAACGUCAGGCUGAACUACCGCGAAGUUGUCAGCACCACCCUGGAUGAGAACGAGUGCAAAGCUGUGCCGCCUUUCAAGCGAAGCUACUAA